GAGAGCGACCGUAUUCCAGUGCUGUAUGUAAUUCCAGACUCUCAAAGUUCACAAUCCUGAAACCCACCAAACCUCAGCCAGCCUUCACCAAGCAAGGGACGCCAUGAGUUCUUUGCUUUCCUCGUUCUUGUUGGAAGCAUUCCUGGACAGCUUUGUCAUCGUCCAAGACAAUGCCAAGAUGCAGCCGCAGCUUUUACCAAAGGAUUUGGCUCAGCCAACGCUCUCAUCAUCAGCAGCACCCCCAUCCUGCUGGGAGAGCCUCUCAAGGGGUUCCAAGAAAAAGAGACCAGGGAAGACACGGAGGGAGCAAGUGGGAGGCAAAGCCAUCUCAGACAAUGCAUCUGCAAGGAAAUCAUGCCCGCCUCGUUUCCCUCGGAGACAAAUAAGUAUUGACGAUGAUCUAGCCACCAAUGAAAUACACCAGAGAAUGGACCCUCCACGUUUCCAUCAACGACGAGGAAGCGGGGACAAUGAAUUGCAUCCCAUGAUAUUGGCGAAGCUAAUGGACAUUGAUACCCCAGCAUGCCCCAUGGCAAGUUCAAUGGGCAUCAGCAUCCCCACCCAUGCCACGUCUGCUUAAUAAGGAUCAGGGCGAUCCAAGGGAUGAAUCAUUUGGGCAUUUGAAACAGUUAAUCUCCGUAGUAAUUUGUAUUUGAUACAUGUCAAAACAAUCCAGGAAAAACAUGAUAUUUUACACAAGACACA